CUCGAGCGAUUACGGUGGGAGAGGAACAUGCAGUGGCCGGCGCAUAAGCUCAUAUCCAUUAAUGGAGGGAGCAUAUAUAGCAGAACACAUGAUGCCACUUUGCAGUCAUUCGCGCGUUUACAAGAAAGAUGAGUGGUGAGAUGAUCUCUUGUCUUGUGAAUAGACGGUAUAGGCAGGCACCAUUAUGUUUCUUUGGAUUAAUGAGUCAUAUAUAGAGAAUUUAAUUUUGACAACCUUGAUCCAAAUGAACCCUUAAUUUCCCAAAUCAAUUUUCAAAUCCUUAACACAAACUUUCGAGUUUGUCUACUAAAUAUAAACAAAUAAAUCCAUCGAACUCUAAUUGUGCAUGGCAUAUAAACACAUAAAAUAAGCAAACAUAAGAUCUCAUGAAAAUCACACAAUCUAGUUAAUAGCAAAGAUUCAAAAAUCGCAUAUCCAUCAAACUCUAAUUUGUGCAUCGCCGUACUGUAGAGUUUGUCAGGGAAAAAUGGGUAAAGUAGGGGUGGUUUUCAUGGAUGAAUUGCAAAACGAUAAAAUUUGGUUAAUUGUUUUCAUUUAAAAAAAAAGAGCCCAUUCAAAUUAUCUAUAUUAUCCCGUACAAUUUUAACUGCUGUAAAAACAAGUCAAUUCGUAAUUUUCAUAAUCAAAUUGUUUCAUCCAAAUUUUAUGCUCCCAAAUAGGUCAAUCUAGCACAAUUUUCUCAAACGAGACAAUUGAGACUAAUUGAUCCAUUAGAAUUCCUCAUCAAAACGACCCUUAAUAAGCUGUUUAGCUGUUGCUGUAGGUCCCUAAUCCAUCCUGCGUGCGUGGGGGUGGCAAAUGGAUUGAAUUCAUGAAUUGGUGGAUUGGAUCCAAUGAAUUGGUAGAUUCGUGAAUUGGAUCAAAUUAAUUGGUGAAUUGAUCCAUGUAUCCCAAUGACAUCUAAACCUUAAAUCAUUACGUAAAUUUUGAAAAGAUUAGGUACUAAACUGUCAUGAAUUUACAUACAAAUUACCACCACUAAGAGUAGGUUCAUUCGUGAUCAACUUGAGGAACAACCUACCACGCCGGCCGGUGGACAUUUAAAUCCGCCGUUACUGCAUGCACAGGGGUGGACUGGACAAAACGUCACCAAAACCAACUAUACGGAUAUCCAAACUGAACACAUACAAUAUACAACACUGCGAGAUGAUCAUGAAAUUCACUUUACACAUGUAUCAUGGAUUCAUGAUGCAACAUUUAUGUAGAAUUUGCCUAAAAAUAAUCCAACUUAUUAAUUCCCACCCCGCAAAUGAAACUUAACAUACCAAUAGAGGUGAGAAUUAGGAUCCAAAUCCAUGAAUCCAAUCCAAUCCAUCCAUCAAAUUAUCCACCUAAUCCAAUCCAUUUGAUCCAAAUCCAAUUGGAUUGGUGGAUUCAUGGAUCAAUCCAUGGAUCCAAAUGAUAAAUUACGAUUUAGUACCUAUAUUUUUUAUAUUUUACAUUUUGGUACCUAAAAUUUAUAUUUGUAUACGAAAAAUAUCAUUGGAAAAUUAAAUUUUGGUACCUAAAAUUUUUCAUUAUGACAUUUUAGUACCAAAACUUUUCAAAUUUUACAUUUUGGUCCAAGCCUUGGAUGUCAUUUGGAUUCAUGGAUCAAUCCACCAAUCCAUUUGAUCCAAUCCAUGAAUCCACCAAUCCAUUUGAUCCAUGAAUCCACCAAUCCAAUCUACGAAUCCGAUCCAAUUGCCACCUCUACAUACCAAACAUCAAAUUUAUUUUUAACAACUUUUCGAAAAGGCCCACCAUUUAAACGCCAGUGAGUGAUGGCUCCAAAUACUCAAUGGAGGAGGUGAUGUCUGAAGGAAGACUGAAGGGGACUGGAUUUUUUUUUUUUCUGCAUCAUUCCAAAAACAUGUGCGACACAUCAACUCUGAGUCUCUGACCCCAUUCCAUUAACGCCGCUCUCCCAUGAAUCCAUUCCCAACCUUCCCUUCUUUUCUCUACCCAAUAAAACAUUUGACGUUUGAUCACUCUCCGUUAAUUUCCAUCAACUCCCGUUAAAAAUGCAGCUUCCUUUUAACUUUUUGUCACCAUCCUAGUCACAUGUGUGCUAUACAAUUGUAUGCUGGACUUACAAGCCCACAAACGUCCAUAUUCCGUCAAGAAGAAAACAAGACAUAUAUAUAUAUAUAUAUUAUAUUUAUGGAGUGAUCAUCCCUUAAAAUAAAAUAAGUGAAAAACACUCCACAUAUGCAUACAGCUAGCACACCAAAUAAUAAUACCAUAAAACAACUCCAAUCCAAGUUGCUCCUCCGCCCCCAAGCUGCCACAACAAUCGCAAUUAGGGCAAUUUCCAUGAUCACGAUCAUUACACGAUGAUGAUUAUCUUCCUCAUAAUAAUCUCACCGUCGACCUGCACUCCUCCGGAGGAUCCGAUCCGCUGCUCUAAUAAUUCUUCCGCCACCUGCACCAUCACCAACUCCUACGGCGCCUUCCCCGAUAGGUCCACGUGUCGCACAUCCAAAGCUCAUCUCCGCGGUGGCCGAGGAAAAUUCCUAAUUAAUUAUCUCCCCGGACUUCAAUACAAUUUUGAUUAAUCAUAAAAAAAAAUUAACAGGUGCAUUAUUACGUUUUAAGUCCGAAUUAAUUAACAACAUAAUUGUAUAGGUCCCAUUGUCUUCAUCCCCUAGCUAGCUAGCUAGAAGAAUUCCCAUAUGGUUGGGUAUACUUAAUUUAUUCGCAUGUGGUUUGCAUGUUGUCUUUUUCUUGAACUAGAUAAGGUUGAUAGUUCAUAACGGCCAUUUUCUUUGCUCUUGUUGGGGAAUAACACACAAUAAAACAUGGGUACGCUUGGAUGCGCACUUGCAGUAGCACGCAUCAAUAUGCCCUAGAAAACAUAUUAGGAGUGUACUUUAUAUAAUAUAUUAAUAUAUAAAUAAACAUUUAACAUAUAUAAUUAGAAAAUUCGAGCAAUAGCUGAUUAAUAAGUAUGAUAAAUAUUUCCAAUGUGAUGUUUAUGAAUUCGGUUCAAGAGAAAGAUUUAAAUUUCCAUUUACUUAAAAAAUGAAUGAUUUGUUAAUUAUUUUUGUAAUUUGUAUGUAUGUUUAAUUAUGACCUGGGCUAUGAUCAUACGCAGGUGACAUUCAAAUUGCAACCCUUGUUCAAACGAUCCCGAACUUUACGUGGAGAAAGAUGACAGUGACUUCGGAGAUGAGGCUGUUACUUUUGGAAGCAAACACGAGUUUGCUGACUUGGCAUGGUUGCCCAGUCAAUGCAAAGCCAUCUACAGAUUCGACGACCGCGUCCCUUCCACUACUUCAGGAAACGGCUUCUACGAUUCCAUCCCCUUUCGUUCUACACUCUCUUUCGUCUUGGCCGUCGCUAGAUCCGCCGGUUAGUCUCUCCACCCAUAUAUACUUUCACCACCUCACACUUUCAACGACCAAACUUACUUACCAAAUGCAUUCCACAGAGGAAACUCAAGAAUUCACCAACGACGCUUACGGGAAAUGCCUGAGCGGCAUGCUCCUUACAUCGGUCCUUCACUCCGUCGGCUUCGGUCUAACCAACAACGGUCUAAACUUUACCGAUUACCCAGUAAUCGGCUACCACAACCGCCUCCAAGCCUCGGGAACCUGUCUCGACAACCCAAACGACGGUCUAACCACUGCCUGCCCGUGGGACUCGAGGAUAAAAGGCGAGUUCUUCCACCAAACCACUUUUAGUAUCAACCUAUCCGUCGUUAAAGACUUCAUCCACGACGUCCAGUCACUCGUUGCUCUAGACCCAAAGUCUUUGUGUGUUCUUAAGACCAGUACAACGGCAUCUUGAUGCGCUACGUGGCGCCUUGUACCGCUUACCUUUGGAAACAAGAAAACGGGCUGGACUUCGACCUAACUUACUAUAGAAGCAAGGACCCUACAUCACCAAGAAUGUUCGAGGACGUUUUGGAGGAGAUCGAGCAGAUGGCGGUGUUCAGGUACGGGGCGUUGCCGCAUUGGGGAAGAAUCCAAACGUGGCGUUUUAUGGGGCGAUGAGGAAGUAUCGACGUGGGAAGUAAUUUUUGAAGGUGAAGGAGAAGUAUGAUCCAUUGGGUUUGUUUUCGAGCAAGUGGACAGACCAGGUUCUUGGGUUGAAAGGUGGGUUGAUGAUUGUGAGGGAUGGGUGUGGAUUGGAAGGUUUAUGUGUUUGUUCGGAAGAUAAGCAUUGUGCGCCCGGUAAAGGGUAUUUUUGUAGGCCUGGGAAGGUUUAUACAGAUGCUAGGGUUUGCAGUAACAGGUUGGUUAGUUGGGAUUGAUAUUGAUUAUUAUUAUUAUUAUAAGGUGAAACAAAUAUGUAAUAGAUACAAAGGAAUGUAUUAAAUUGAUUAAUAAAUGGCUUGAGGCAAGUAAUUAGAGAGUGGAUUUCAACUUUCAAGUAGUCUUUUCUCAUAACUUUAUUCCAAAGAUUUUGUUGAAGUUAAAUUUCAAGUUGCUUUCUACUUUAGUUAUUGUUUUAUAAUUAAUCUAUUCAAAAUCAUUUUUAUUCUUUUCAAUUUUUAAAUUUUAUUUGUAAAAUCUUGAGUGUUGAGAGGGGAAAAAUUCCCAACUCCUACCUCGCAGAUCUCUCUAACCUCUGUUGCAUCCUCCAAUUGUUAGCGUUGGGCCGGUGAUAUCCUCAUUCCCUUUCAAACUUUUACGUAGAAACCUUCUGCCACUAUUCCACAUUCCAAAUUUGGCAACCUUUAGUUAGUGUUGACUUUACCUCUUGCACCCGAAAGAUGCGAAAUGACAUUUUCAUAUAAUAACUUAAUCAAGAACAAUUUUCAUAAUAUAUAAUUUUUUCGAGAUCCACCACUGAUUUCAAAUGGCAUAUAUCUUCCAACAAAAUUGUACUAUUCAUCAAACUACUUGUGUUUAUACUUCACGGAAGAAUGAUAUUGUUGGAAAAAAGCCACAUCUUCUUGCUGUCACAAGAACUUUACUAUUUCAAGCUAAUCUUCCUAGUCAUUUUUGGGAUGUUGUUGUUAUGCAUGCAACACAUAUAAUCAACAUAUCUCUCAUCCCUUUAUUAGCCAACAAAAAUGUUUUUCAAAAGAUUUAUCGGUCAACCACCUGUUAUCGGUCAUACACAAUUCGAGCAACCAAUGGGAUAAAUUCUUAUGACAAGAAUGGAAGAAACAAAGAUUUGUUAGUCCUUAAUCAGACUGGCAGUAUAGACUCGUGCAUCAAUCGAGAAAAUUAUGGGUUUGUAUCACCAAUUACUAGCAUAAAAGAAACCGAGUAUUUUGAUAGAAGGGGUAUAAAUUAUAAUUAGUAGGUUAUCACCGCCAAUUCGAUGUUAAAAUGGCAUAUCGAUUGGCAGGUCUAGCAGUAAAUUUACGAGUUUAGUUUGCCAAUUUAAUAAUUUUGAAUGUCAUUUUCGUGCAUGACGAGAAUAAAAAAAGAUUGGAAGAGAGAAAAAAAGAGGUUCAUAUACACAAGAAAAUACACUUCUGAAAAUGUUCUUGAGUGGUUGAUAGCUUAGAACACAGUUAUACACCAUUUAAGAUCCUACUGCAGCUAGAAUAUAAUCCAUUACAAGUAACUCUCUCCCGUUUUAUCUUCUCCAUUGGAAUCAUGUCUCUUCUUGUAUUUAUAAUAUGAACUAAAUCCUAGUUAUUCAGAUUGGUGGAACAUCAGUUUUUUCUCGCGAUUUCAGACUACGAAGUAAUGUAUUUGUUUUAGUUUUUAGAAUGAUUCUCCUAUCAUGUGUUUGUUUCUCAUUUUCUCUAAAUCUGAGUUGCAAACCUUAUGUUUAAAUGUUGUUGAGUGUGAUAUUGACUAUAAAUGGCUUCUCACACC